GAGGGCUGCUGGCAGAAGUGGAAGCCAUCGAGGCUUCGGCGGUGCUGGGAGAUGUCUACCCACAUGAUGCCUACACCUCGCGCUUGCAGCAGAAACUGCUGCAGGACACCCAUCGGAUGCUGCUGAACACCUCGGUGCCGCUGUUGAGAUGGCUUCCAGCCUUGGAUGAUGGGCAAGGAAGGUGGCACAGGGAUCACAUGGAGGAUGCGGGGCAUCCCAACAGCCUGGGCCACCAGGUCAUGUUCGAGGCCAUUGACCUCUCCAUGUUCGAUCCCAGCAACGCGAACUCGCUGUCUGGUUCCUCUCCGCGGCUGUCGUCACCGGCUUCGCGGGAAGCCUCGCCCCAGGCGUCUGAGGCGGUGGAUCCUCCGGCGGAUCCGGAGCGCACCCUGCUGGAAACCAGCGGCGACGUAGGCACCGAGCCCUUACCAGCCACAGAGAACCCUGCGGCUGCGGAGCCGGCGACGGAGGAUGUGGCGCUGCCGGUUGACGAGGGCGACGAGGGAAGCGUCCCGCGGCCACCGGUGGAAAUCACCUCAGGAUGGGACGUCUUCAACCCGGACGACCAGUUGGAGCACACCAUUCCCACGGGCCUUUCCGCGGCCGCGCUUCCCCAGUCGGACGCCGCCGCAACUGCGCAGGACGGCUGGGGAGACUUUGAUUUCGACGCCUUGAUGUGA